AUGACCUGCUUCGUCCGCAGGAAGUUCAAAGAUGCUCUUGCGACGUCGGCAGUGAGGCUGGUGGUCAAGGCCCAGCUACAGGAAGCCGCAGAGACGAGCCGGGAGUUGGAAUCGGCAAGACUCCCCCGGGAAUUCCCGAGAUGGUGCAACUCGAACCGAACGAAUCGGGUGAGCACUCAGGCGGCUGUCAGUGAGAUAGAUGGCAGCCAGACGUCGAGCUCGGGCCUGGGUAGGACGGGGAGUGGACGGCAGCAGCAGCCGGCCAAGUCGAGGAGUGGUAGUAGGAAAUACUAA